UCUUUUUGAAUUACGGAAAUGGACUCUAUGUGAAGGUUUAUAAUCAAAAUGGAAAGAGUGGAAUGUUGUCUCAUCACAACAGCCUAGUCAGACAGAAACGAGAAUGGACAGUCCCUCCGGCUUUCAUACGGGAAGAGGAAGACAAUUCCUAUAAGAAUCCAAUUGCUAGAAUACAUUCUGAUCUUGAAGAUACAGGGGUAGUGGUAACUUAUACUAUAUCUGGUCAAGGAGUAACAGAACCCCCCUAUGGAUUAUUUGUUAUUAACGGGAAGACUGGAGAUCUGAACAUAACAGGAAGGGUUGACAGAGAAAAGACUCCAAUGCUGCUUCUCAGAGGUCAUGCACUGGAUAAAACUGGAGCAAAGCUAGAAGAGCCAAUAGACCUCCCAAUUAAAAUUGUGGAUAUAAAUGACAAUUUUCCAGUGUUUUCCCAUGAAAUUUUUGUUGGUUCAGUUGAAGAAUUAAGUGAAACAGGUACAAUUGUACUAAGGAUAAAUGCCACAGAUGCAGAUGAGCCAAAUAACCUAAAUUCCAAAAUUGCUUUCAGGAUUGUUUCCCAAAGCCCUAGUGCUGCAUUCAGUAUAGAUAAGGAUACUGGCAUGGUUCGAGUAGCAAAAAUAAACCUUGACAGAGAGACACAAAGUAGCUAUUCAUUGAUGGUGGAAGCAAAAGAUCGUGGUGGUGAAAUAGGAGGGAAUGCUGCAACAUGUUCUUUAGAAAUCAAGAUUUUGGAUGUCAACGACAACCUGCCUGUGGUUGAAAGUAGCACAUUUGAAGGAAGCAUUGAAGAAAACAGAGCAAAUGUGGAAAUUCUGAGAAUAAAAGUAUUUGACAAAGAUGAAGAGUUUUCUGAUAACUGGCUGGCAAACUUUUCUUUUGUUUCUGGCAAUGAAGGUGGUUUUUUUCGUAUAGUAACAGAUACCCAAACAAAUGAAGGAGUUUUGACUGUUGUGAAGGAGCUGGAUUAUGAAACCACGCAAAGCCUGAACUUGGGUGUUGUUGUUACAAACAAAGCAGAAUUCCACAAAUCGAUUAAACACAGUUAUAAAGCACAAACAAUACCAAUCAAAAUCAAUUUGAUUAAUGUGCGCGAAGGCCCUGUAUUCCCUGGUGGCACAAAAAUUAUUGAAGCAAGUGAGAAACUGCAGAUAAAACAAGUUAUUGGACAGUAUCAAGCCUAUGAUGAAGACACUGGAAAACCAAGCACGCAAAUUAUAUACAUGAAGGGAAGAGAUACAGCAAACUGGAUCACAGUAGACUCAGUCACAGGUGAAAUCCGACUUGCUAAAGAACUUGAUUAUGAAUCGCCUCAUGUAGUGAAUGGUACCUACACUAUCACCAUGUUUGGUGUAACUACUGAUCUUCCCAAGAAAACAGUCACCGGCACAGUCGUUAUUCAAGUUAAAGAUGAGAAUGAUAACUGCCCAGUUAUUGUGAACCCUGUGAAAACUGUGUGUUCAGAUGCAAAAUCAGUUGAUGUUACAGCUAAUGAUUUGGAUGGUUACCCAAACAGUGAUCCCUUCAGCUUUACUGUCAUUGAUGAGCCAGAAGGGACAGCAAAUAACUGGAUAAUUGGAUUCAGCAACGGCACCAGUGUACAGCUAGUACCACAAAACCUGAAGCUGGGCAGAACUAAAGUUCCCAUCCUAAUAAAAGAUUACCAAGGGCUGAGCUGUGCUCAAACACAGUCUCUGCAACUGACUGUUUGUAAAUGUGCGGAUGACGGCGUAUGCAGAGAGAAGUUUGUUGGCGCUCAGUCAGUGGGUCUGGGACCAGGAGCGAUUGCACUGAUCAUCUUGGCAUUUUUACUUUUGCUGCUUGUUCCACUGUUACUGCUCCUGUGUCCCUGUGGCUCAGGAGCAAAGGGAUUUGCUGCAAUUCCAGACUACAGUGAGGCGAUGUUGCGUCAGUGGAACAGUGAAGGAGCAGCUCCCGAGGAGAAGCCAGUGCUAAGCUUCAUCCCACCCACUGGAUCGGGGAACUCCAGAGGAGCAACCAGCGGAGCAGUAACAGCAGCAGCAGCAGCAGGAAUGAGUGGAGAGGGAAGUGCAGCAGGAGGAGGCAGCUCUGCCUCUCAUGUAAGAGAGCACUGCAACACUAUCACCAAGGAAAGAUGGGAAGAGCAAAGACAUCUCCUUUCUGGUGCUGAGUAUGGAGCCAUGGCAGCUGGAGGGGCUGAAGGCAUGGCAGGAGUAGAAAGCAAGACAGUGGUGGCUGGAGGAGGAGUCGCAGUGGGAGCAACAGGAGCCAUGAAAGAAGAAUUUUUAAGAGACUACUUCAAUGACAAAGCUGUCUCUUUUGCGGAUGAAGAUGAAACCCAAGCUGCACAUGACUGUCUCCUGGUCUAUUCCCAGGGGGAGUCAGGCUCCCCCCACGGCUCCAUCGGCUGCUGCAGCUUUAUUGAGGGCGAUCUUGACGACCACUUCCUCGAUGAUUUAGGAGACAAAUUUAAGACUCUAGCAGAAAUAUGCAUAGGCAGACACAUCAACAUGAAAGACAGUAGCUCCAGGAAUGAGUCAGGUUUCAGUCUUAAUGACUCACAGCUCUUAGAUCAGCAGAAUGCUUCCAGCUUGGAACAAGCCUUUGCUUCAGGCAGCCGCUUGCAGCCUGCCCCACCAAUGCACACAGGAGAAGACACCCUGUCCAAGGAAGUGGUCACAGAAACAACCUUUGCAUCCUGCUCUGAGCAGCACAAUGCCCAGCCCUUUCCCACAGCCCACUCUGAGACCAAUUUCACCAUGACAGAAAUGUCCUAUUCUGCAGGGACUCCUGCCCCCUCGACUGCUGUCUUUCUAGACCCUCAGUUUAAAGAGAACAUAGUGGUGACAGAGAGAGUGCUGGCCCCUGCGUCAAGCUUGAAGGGUAUGGUGGAAAUCCCCAGUUUGCCACACGGAAGUAACGUGGUAGUUACAGAGAGGAUGGUGAAAUCAGAUGGUGCCGGGACAGGAGCCCUGACAGUUCAGGAUCUCCCUGACUCGCAGUAUGUCGUGGUGAGGGAGCGGGAGAGGGUGCUCGUGCCUGCUGCAGAGCAGGGCUCGCUCACAUUCCCUGCUGGGGCAGGGGGGCACAGCGUGGUGGUGAAUGAAAGGGUGGCAACAGCCUUGGGGAUGCAGAGCAGGGCUGAACAGGCAGCAGGUGCUGGCCCAGGAAGGCAAGACCAUGUCUUGAUCACAGACUCCUCGCUUAACCAGGCAGGUUCCAGCAUAGAAGGGCCUCCUUCUGCCACUGCCACGCUGAGCAAAUCUUCCAGGGUCACCAAGUACAGCACAGUGCAGUACACUCGCUCCUAGCCUGGUCCCUUGCAGGGACAUCUCUGUCUGGCACUCUUGUAUCCAUAUGUGUCUUGCCUCAGGCAUUUUCUUGAGACCUGAAUAUACUGGCACUUUCAGAAUGACACAGAAUCACUUAUGGUAAUUUGUAUAAAUGAGGUUUAUGACCAGGAAGUUCGUAAGGAAGUCUCCUGCUAUUAUGCAAGAUUGGCAGCAAUGCUGUUGAAGUGGAAAGAUGGUGGAAAUAUACUUGUUUUCCCCUUUGUUUGCUAUUUUUGUAAUUGUUUUUUAUUACUCCGUUAGUGUAACAAUACCACAUAACCACAGCUUCAUAAUUAGGGGAGAAUAAAAGUCUAAAUCUAGUGAUGGACAGUAGUGUGCAAAGCACAAGCUAGGCUCCUGUACUGUUGUUUAGUAUGUAAGCAAGUUCUUUACUGUGAGGGUGGUGAAGCACUGGAACAGGCUGCCAAAAGAAGUGAUAAAUGCUCCAUCUGC